AUGUCGUACCAUCAGCACCAGUACCUCCACUCAUCCGUUUUACCGAACCUGGUAAACAUGGACCACAGGAAAACUCCACGCCCUUUAUCGGAAGCGACUUCGAUCGCAUCAUCCAUAGACUUCGAGGACCCAUUAGUACUUCAAAUGUCGCAUGCCAGGCUUUCAAAGGCGCCAAGUUACCGAUACUCCUCGUAUGACAACAUGGAGCUUCUAGAGGAUGCAGAGGAGGGAGAUUAUAUAAUUGAUGAUAUUAGGGAGGAGGACGAGGAGGACGAGGAGGAAGAUGAGGAAUAUGAGACUGGAAGAGGUGCACCUCAUGGAGAUAGUUUAUACAAUAAGGCACUUAGGAUGAACAAUUGGUUGUCAGAUGGUGCCGCUAGGGACUCUGUUGGAUCUGAUGGCAUGAAAACUGCAUCUUCUUGCGAUGAAGCAAAGACUCCGACCACUCCUCCAUUGGCCAUGGAUUUUGGAGCGUCGCAGCCAAUGCAAAUGAGUAUGAAAAGAACAACCGUUGGCCCCCGUGGACCUCAUUUGUUUAGCACGAUGUUCCUCCAACCACACCAAAGCGAAGAACAUUUGGACGACGAGUACCUGUCGCCAAUUUCUCCGGUUCGCGAAAACUCAUACUCGAGCCCUUAUUCUUCUAGGAAGUCGCCGGUUGGGUCUCAGCACAGUCUCCUUCAGGUCCCACAUGCACUUCCCGUACAGCGUCUCCCAGUCGACCUCAAUGUCAACGAGAGGCCUGUCAGUGCCAUGUCAAUGGCCCUUCAUGACAUCGAGGAGUCUGAGAUUGAGAACUGGUCCCCUAUGCAAGUUUGCACCUGGAUGUCUGGCCUCGGGUUUGAAGAGACGCUUAUUGAGAAAUUCCGCCAGAAUGACAUCUCUGGAGCGAUUCUCAUGCAGCUUAAGUGGGAGGAUUUGAAGGAGCUGGACAUUCAAUCUUUCGGCAAGCGUAUUGAACUGUGGUCCGAACUCAACCACCUUCGGAAAUCGCCCAUAGUAUCAGGCUCAUCUCCUAAAAGGGAUCUCAGCUUUGAGGCUAGCUCCGUUCACUCUCCACCCCUUCUCUCGAGGCAUGCGUCUCGAAAAUCUCGAGAAUCAAAAUUUCGCCAUUCCCCUAACCUAUCCGCCGUGUCGCCUUCGUCUUAUGCUUCAAGCCCUUCUACUGUCACCCGUUCCAACACCGUAGCAACUAGCAGGCCAUCCGCUGCUAGCCCUCGAAAGCAUGCCCCUGUCCUAAGAAUCAGCACAGAUGUCGCUUCGCUUCAACACCGCACAAGACUUCAAGUUUCUGCCCCUCCUCAAUAUGAAAGUGAGGAUGAAAUUGAGGACGAAAUUGAGGACGAAAUUGAGGACGAAAUUGAAGAAGUCGAUGAGUUCAGCGACCAUGACCCGUACUCCCCACCCCCAAUGGAGGAGAAGCGUCGUCCAACUGGUCUUUCCAUCAUUAUUCCGGAUUCCGCACUUGCGAUUCCCAGAGCUUUGAAUUCAGCCGAGUCUAAGUCCUCCCACACGCCUUCGCACGAGGGUCGAAGGCAUAAGCCGGGACCCCGAUUCACAGCGCCAAAUCCUGCCAAGAGAAGAAUCAGCAAGCGCCUUUCGACCCCGAUCUCGCCCGUGUCUGCUUCCAUUGAAAUAUUUGCCGCACCUUCCGUUCUUGGUCUAACGAAGGGCAAACGUGUUUCAAUGCUUGAGGCUGAAUCCCCCAGAUGGGAUAAUGACGAUUUUCAUGCUAAAAGCCCAUGGGCGCCUUCAAUCUGUGCUUCUAGCGACGUGUUGAGUCCAUCAGACAGGGGAGACAUGAAGCUGAAGGCUGACGAACUUCGCAAAGUCAGCGCAUUGACUGCCCAGGAACAGGUCAACAAGUUCAUCACUCUUCAGCACUUACAAAGAUUGGAGGAGCGAGCUCCCUCCAAUCUAAAAAAUGAGAUGCCCCGCGAGAGUGAGAGCCCUGUCUCUCCACACGGCACCUAUCCAAUCAAAGCACAGCCUCCUCCUAUGACGAAAGCAGUUCAGAGGAGCACUUCUCUUAGAACUUUUGAUAGACACAGGCCUCGCGCAUUGCAAUUAUCAAAUGAAGCUGUGGCACCAGGCCCGGCAAGUGCUGGCUUCACACCUCGCAAUACCGAGGAUGUUCGAAACUAUCAACCUCCGGAGGUUAUUCAACCACAACAACAACCACCAAUCGUCACUAGGCCAGUGCCACCUCUUCUACGAUCAUCAACUGCUCCAAGCCCGCCUCUCGGAUCGCAGAACCCUCCGCCUCAACUGGUUCGAUCCGCAUCUAUGGCAAGUCCUAAGCCAUCCCAGACCAGUAGUGCAUUCCGUUCAAAUUCUGUGUCUGGCAUCAGUCGAAAGCCUUCCUUCAGUGGCAGUAGCAAGAAGCCGCCAAGCCUCGGGAAAUCUUUGAUUGAUACUGUCAACGAAGAAGCGGAAUGGGAAGAUGCCUCCAGCCAUGGAUCCGCCCCCGCAUCGCCAAGCGAACGUGUAUUCACGGGUGAAAUGAAAAAGAGGACCAAUCAUUUCUUGCGGAACGAAUGGGUUACCCAUCGCGUUGAGCUUCGUGGCACUAAACUCACGGUCUACAAAUCAACCAACAGCCGUGACAUCCUCGCGGCAAUCGAAAUCGAUGAAUAUAGCGUCACUUGCACCACAGCCGGAUCAAACAAGUUUAAAGGUUUGAAAACCGGAUCCAAGAAGGAUUCAGAUGGCAUGUAUCAUUUCCAACUUGUUCCCAACCAAGAUACCAAGAAGGUCGGUGAUCAAAAGAAAGAACAUCACUUUGCUGUCUCUAGCCGAGAAGAGCGUAUUGACUGGAUGAGGGAGCUGAUGCUUGCUAAAGCUAUCAAGCAAAAGAAAUCCGGAUUCCAAGUUGAGGUCAAUGGAAAGAUGAUGUGA